AAUGCCAAGUGUUUCCCAAUCUUCAUCAACAGGUGUGGAUGAUAUUGUACAAAUGCAAUCCGAAGAGCAGCUGCCGGACCUCGGAAAGCUGACAGCAGAUAGAGAAAAAAGAGGAGCCUCAUGGUGGAAGAGGAAGCAUGCAGCCACAGUGGACUCUUUUGCAUAUAGAAUAGCAGGUAUAGGGCGACCCCUGGCGGGCUGGAGGAUGAACAACAAAGCUGAGGAUGCGAGCAGCGCUUUAAUGGUCGUGUUGAAGGAACUUCAUUCUGAGAAGAGGAAGCUGAGGAGUCAAGGGGAAGCCCAGAAGGAAGAGGAGGAAGAUGACGACGAUGAUGACGACGACGACGACGACGACGACGACGAGGAGGAGGAAGAAGAUGAGGAGGAGGAAGAGGAAGACGAGGAGGAAGGAGCAGAAGAAGAGGAAGAGGAAGAGGAAGGAGCAGAAGAAGAGGAAGAGGAACCAACUGAAGCUCCCAGCAACCAAACAGAAACAAGCGUCAGUCCCCUGGCUCAGUGUCAGACUGACAGCAAUGAAAUAAGCUGCAGGGAUGUCGGCAUGACUCACCUGCCAAUCAUCCACAACCUGGAGGCCACUAAGCUGGACAUUGCAGGGAACAACAUCCGAAUAAUUGCUCCAGAAGGUUUCUCCGGCCUGUCAAAGCUGAAAACAUUGGACCUCAGCAAAAACCAACUGAUUGAUGAGUCAUUCAGCCAAAAGCAACUGUAUAACUUGACCUCACUGAAGAAGCUGAACUUAGAUGGCAACCAGCUCACAAAGGUACCGCCGCUGCCGCCGUCUCUUGAAGAGCUGAGCCUGAACAACAACAGGCUCGGCGCCCUCUCCCUUCAUAGUUUCACAGGUUUGACCAACCUGUUGAGCCUGGCGCUGGAAGACAACAGUCUGCACGAAGGCACUGUGUCACGCCAAGCAUUCAAACCGCUCAAGAGGCUUCACCACCUCAAGCUAGAGAACAACCGCUUCCGCUCGCUUCCCCACGGCCUUCCCCUCUCUCUGCAGACAUUAGAGAUGGAUAGGAAUCUGAUAGAGGAGGUGACAGGGGAGCCACUGAGGGGCUGCACUCGUUUGACGGAGCUGGACCUGAGUCACAACCUCCUGCACAAUGAAGGCCUCAGCCAACGUGCCUGGAACCGCCUCAGAAGCCUUGAAGCCUUGGACCUGUCUUCCAACCACCUGACAUCGGUGCCAUUGAAUCUUCCUCGUCCUCUCCAAAAACUCUACCUUCAACACAACAACAUAAGCCACAUCCCUGCCCUCAUCUUUCGCCACAUGCGGCCCGGCCUACGCUCACUUGAUCUGUCCCACAAUGCAUUGAGGAAUGAGGGUAUCGAGCGAGGGUCUUUUGUCGGAACGUACCGCUCGUUGGUUGAACUCCUGAUGGACAAUAACAUUCUUGGAGAGGUCCCUCGCUGGGUACGGCAGUUUAAGAACCUGCAGAGGCUGAGACUGGACAACAAUCAUAUCAGGCUGGUGAGGCAGUGGGAAGUGUGUCACCCAAGAAAUUCUGGCUCCACUUUGUCUUCCGUCCACUUGGAAAAUAACCUGCUGGUGGUGGAGAAGAUACCCCCCAAUGCCUUCAAGUGUCUCACGGAUGCACAGGGACUAGUCCUCCAUCCUCAGCAGGGUUCAACAACUACACUUGAACAUGAGCUCAACACAAGUUGGCAAGAAUUAGUAUGACAAGUUACAGUAAUAACCCGCUCAACAGUGCAGCAACUCACUCGAAAAACAUUAUCUGGACAAUAUUUAAUUGUGAAAAUGUCCAGAUAUUUUCAAAACUGUUAGGAUAUGAUAUCAACAUGUUCAUACUUUG